GAUUAAUCUCUGCAACUGCUAGUUGUUGUAUCUUAAAUAUAAAGGCCUGUGAAGGCAAUCAUCCUAGACGUGUAAACAAUUUCUUUAUUAUGACAUACAACUAGUUUCUGAAGUAUAUAUGUUGAUUAUACACUUACAACACAAUUCUUUGUUGCGCGAUUUUUGAAAUAUCCAAUACAUCUGUUUCACUUGCAAAAAUAAUCAUUGUUGUACUGCCAUUCUUGAUUUUACAAUAUGUUGGUGAUUACAGCUGGUAUCCAUUAAUAUUAUUAACCUGUUAAAGAUGUGUCACAUCCAGCUUAACUUAGAGCUUAGAAGCAUUCUCCUAUUAUAAAACAAUAGUAAAUUUUGAUUGAACUUUAUUUGUAUUAAGUAUUUGUAGCUAUAAUGAAAAUCUUCGUAAAUCUUAGUUUAGCAUUUAACCUAAUCUGA